AUGAAAGUUGUUUGUAGGUUGAUUAAAUCGAUUUUAUUCCAUCAGUGUAAGGUUCCUGCUCAGCCAGCUAGUGAGGAGUUGCCAGAGAUCGAGAAGUGUUACCCAUACAAUCCAAGCGAGUUUGAGACCUGCGGUGUUCCAGAUGAAGUCUACCUCAGUUGUUUCUCUCUGACUGGUCUGGGAAAACAGAUGUGGCCAAAUACGUUACCUGUGGAAGAGCUUAUUAUGGACCCAUGUUUGCCACUCUCACCUUUAAAGAUGCCCAGAGCGGUGGAAUGCGUUGAUGAAAUGGAGGCAUUCCUACAGACUAUAAGUGAGCUGACUGUUGACUUGCCCCCUGAGUGUGAACUCUAAAUUUUCAUGUGGAUUGUGAACUGUGUAUAUUUA